AUGUUUCGAUGCGAGACCACCCUCUCCUGGGACCAGCUGCGCUCCCCGCAGGUCUCGCAGUUCCUGGUCAAGCCCAUCCAGCAGACGAUCCUCUCAUCCCACUUCUCGCGUGGCGCCAUAUACUGCCUGUUGACCAACUGUCUGCAGUUUCGAAAAGAGGCAGAGGCAAGCCCCGGAAAUAUUGGCGUUAAUAAAUCGAGGGCGCUCAUUUGCGAGCUGUUGGCUGUGCGACUACUGAAGGAACACUCGACACGAGAGCUUAUUGAUGCCCUCAGCUACGACUUCAACCCGCUACAAGGUCUCGUUUCGCCUGGCGCUGGUACAGCGACUCCUGGUGGGAACUGGGCAAAUCGUUCAGCCCGCGUCUCGACCAUUGAGAUAGCCAUCCGAGCUCAGGCGAAGAAGUUCCUCGCACACCCGCUUGUGGUACAGCAACUCGAGGCUAUCUGGGCAGGCACCAUCGUCUUCCAUUCGGUGGCAGACAGCCUCCAUAGAAAGCCGGAGCCACUUACUCGCCAGUACCGCACGUUCGAUGAGACUCCACGACCAGGUCCAUCCCGCCGCCUGUCCCCAACGAAGCCGAAUGUACGACGACAAGAGCAAUUUGCCGACCUGACGAGAAAGACUGUAACUUUGUACGAUCCCCAUGAUGCGUCGCUGUUCAAGCUCUCUCGGCUCCGUGUACCUCGGUACCGAAACUUGUUCUCGACACUUUCCUAUGGGAUAAUGCUUGGGUUGUUCCUGGCUGUGCUCGCAGAGAAAUCCGAUGAUAUCACAGCGUUGGAAGUACUGUUCUGGAUAUGGAGCGCGGGCUACAUGCUCGAUGAGGUUGUUGGCUUCUCGGAGCAGGGCUUUGGACUGUACAUCAUGAGCGUUUGGAAUGCCUUUGAUCUAGGCAUCCUGCUCAUGUUCUUGCUAUACUACGUGCUGCGGUUGCUCGGCAUCCUCAUGCCUGACGUCCACAGCAGGCACGAUAUGGCGGGGAUCGCGUACGAUGUUCUGGGUUCGACUGCGGUCUUGUUGUUUCCCCGGCUGUUCUCCGCCCUGGAUCACUACCGCUAUUUCUCCCAACUCCUCAUAGCUUUCCGAGGAAUGGCAAUGGACUUGAUCGCCAUCCUCGUCCUUAUUGUCAUCAGUUGCUCGGGCUUCUUCGUCGCCUUUUCGCUGGCAUUCCAGAAAGCAUUAUCUCCAUCGGAUACUGCUUACUCUCUGUUUCAGCUGCUAAUGGGCUUCACUCCGGCCGCAUGGGAUAUUUGGGUUGAUGCCAACCUUUUGGGAAAGGCUCUCCUGGCACUCUUCCUCUUUAUUUGUCACUUCCUCAUUGUGACAAUCCUUGUAACAGUGCUGACCAACUCCUUCAUGGCAGUUGUACAAAAUGCCCAUGAGGAACACCAGUUCCUAUUUGCCGUCAACACCAUUUCUAUGGUCAAAUCGGACGCGCUGUUCUCCUACAUUGCGCCCACAAACCUGGUGGGCUGGCUGCUGAUCCCGCUCAAGUACUGUAUGACGAUCAAGAGUUUUGUUCGCAUGAACCGCCUGGUGAUCAAGAUUACGCACAUACCGAUCUUAUUUAGCAUUUUCUGCUAUGAGCGUAUCCUUCUGUCAAACCUCUCAUACGGCCCUACAGACCUUGUAGAGCAACGUGGUCGAAGUCACGCCCAUGCCGCCGUCCCUGCCUUCAGUAUCCGUGGUGCCGACCUCUUCAGCCCCGGUCAACGGCUGCGCGAACCUUCCAUCACGACGUUUCACAAGGAUCGUGCGCUAGAGGAGGUGUUUAGGCGGCCGUUCCGAGACCCCAGUCAACGCACUCCGUCAAACGCGUACCCGCUGGGACGAAGGAAUUCCAGUAAUGUGGUAUCGGAUUGGAUGAAGCGAAUGGGCAAUGAAGUAAGUUACUAA